AUGUGUGCCUCCACGAUGACAUCGUUUAAAUCCCUUCCACCAGAAAAUUGCCAGCAGGGAAAUGGAGCAUCCUACCGAGGGACAGCCUCUAUGACAGAAACAGGCAAGACUUGUCAACGCUGGAACAGUCAGACACCCCAUCAACACCAAUAUACACCUGUUAAUUACCCAUUAGCCGGGUUGGAGAAUAACUACUGCCGGAAUCCAGGAAGCUGGCACGAGAUUUGGUGUUACACGACGGAUCCCGGCGAGACAUGGGAGAAUUGUGACGUACCAGUAUGCGUAUGCGACAAACGCCUGACGGGUGACGAUGGGACGUUCACCAGCCCAAACUACCCAAACUUGUACCCUAACGGCAAUGAGUGCCGCUACGAGAUCUCUGUCACUCCGCCCAAAGUCGUCAGGCUGACCUUCACGGAUUUCAACCUUGAGGAGCGGUCUGACUUCCUGUACGUCUAUGACGGAAACACAACUGAUGAAGCGUGGGAGAUAAAAAGGCUUCAUGGAGCAAACAUCCCGAGUCCAAUAACGUCAACCCGAAGCAUCAUGACUGUUAGAUUUACCUCUAACUUAUCAGGAAACCUGAAGGGAUUUCAGGCCAACUACACAGCAGUAGAAAAAGUGUUAUCUACCUGUGAGGUCGGCCAGUUCCUGUGUGAUGACGGUGUGACCUGCAUAAAAGCUUGGGAACGGUGUGACGGAAACAACGACUGCAGAGACGGUGAAGAUGAGGAUGCAAACACCUGUGCUUGUCAAGAUAUUCCAGAGUCUUUGAGGAUGUGCAGUGACCUUGAGUACGACAAAAUGACACUUGCCAAUCCUCUCAACUCCGCCUACACAACGGUAGAUGACAUCGCAAGGUCAAACCAGUUCAAUGCCUACAGGGAUCUGGCGGUUUCCGGGUGUCAUCCCCGUAUUAAAGAUUACGUCUGUGCCAUCAUUGCGCCGCGCUGCAAUUCCAGUUUUAGUCCGAACCCCCGGCAAAUGCUGCCCUGUCGGUCUUGGUGUGAAGAGGUCAAGUACUCGUGUAAACAUCAGCCAACCUGGUCAAUUUUCCCAACCUGUGACAUGUUCCACUACAACAACUGCAACAACGUCAGGCCUUCAAGGACCCAGACUGGCGUUGAGUGCUUCAAUGGAAAUGGAGCAAACUACAGAGGGGACGAGUACAGAGACCCCAUAGGUGAAGGCGAUUGCAAUCGAUGGGACGCGGAUAUCCACCCAAAAAAGUACCCAUGGUCGAAUCUUGUCGAUAACAAAUGUCGCAACCCUCCUGUGAGCGCUCGAGACAUCAGGCCAUGGUGCUUCACAUCCAGUGGCUUUGAGUACUGUGACAUAAUGCCCUGCAACACUUCGAUUAAAGGGUGCAAAGAUCCGGGCAAACCCCUGUUCGGAAAAAGGAAUCCCGUCCUGAAGUUCUACUGGCCUUAUAAUAGAAUCACGUACACCUGUGACACGGGAUUCAAGUUCCCGAAGGGAAGUCCCCCCAAUACAGCACGGUGUGUUCAAGUCAACGAAUCAACGGGAGAGUUCGACUGGGCAACACAGAAACCUAAAUGUGUUGUCGACCACAAAUACAAGCUUCAAAAGGAUCUUCUUAGCGAGACUGUCUACAACGUGGAGGUUGCUCCAACAACUAAUCUGUAUAUUAAAGCAUAUGUCGUUAACAUCAUCAACUUGGAUGAAAAAGCUGAACAAAUAGUAACAUCCUACAAAGCUGAAUGGACCUGGAAAGAUGAUCGAUUGACAUGGGAUCCUGAGAGGUACGGUGAUUUUGACCACGUCUUCGUCAGUGAUGAACUGGUGUGGCAACCAACAUUGACACUGGAGAGAAAUGCUGACACAAGGUACAGCGGAGAUUUCCCUAACACAGAAGUAAGAAUAGAUAACGACGGUGAAGUGACCUGGCCUAUAGCAGCAUUGGCCUCGACAACCUGUACCCUGGACCCUUUUCUCUUCCCGCAGGACAACAUGACAUGCGCAAUUUGCUGGACUGUUGGAGAAGACUACACAAUUGGAUGUGCAAAUCAAACUACACACCAUGACACCAAGGUCAAAAAUAAGAACUUCCUGACCUGCCUAAAUCCCGAGGCCGACAUUGUCACGGGGGAGUGGACUGGAAAAACAACAGCUUCAUCUUCAAACAACGAGGCCUGCCUGACGAUAACACUCAAGCGAGAUCCCACCUAUCACUACUCCACAACCAUCUCUCCCUGUCUCAUCCUGAUCGUCCUCAUGAUCAUCACCUUCAUCAUGCCCAUUGAUAAAGGCGACAGGAUUGGAUUCGGCGUCACCGUGCUGCUGUCCAUGGUGGUGUCGCUAGUCGUCGUUACUGGCUUCCUGCCUGUGUCAAGUACCCUGCCAUUCAUCGCUAUGCUGAUCAUAGUGUGCAUGGGUCUGAUGGCACUUUUCAUGCUGUGGACUGUCUUUAUCCUCAUCAUACACGACAAGAAGGGUCCCCUUCCGAGAUGGGCACGGACUUUCUUCCUGAAGCAUAUGGCAAGGGCCGUGUUCUUGGGUGACUUGACCAAGAAGCUGAAAAAUGAAGAGCCAACAGGCGACGCUGUAAAGAACAAAGUUAAUGACAUCGAAGGGCACUCCAACCACGCCUUCAAAAUGGACAAUGGCCCAUCUGCCGGACAGGUCAACCCACCUCCCAACGUGAAGAACGAGGUCGGAGCUACCCUUAUUCGUUUAAAUGGAAGCGUAGAUAAGUUAGAUGCUACUGUUAGUCAACUGUCUUGUAGCAUCGAUGCUCUGGCAAAGGCAUGUGGUGCUGAUGACGAUGAAGAAAAGUCAGAGUACGCUUGGUUGGCUCAUGUCCUUGACCGUUUGGGAUUGAUUUUCUACAUUGUUGCUGUCGCCGUGGCCAUUCCGUGUACUCUGUUCGUUGGUCGCAAACGUGUCGUUCCUACCUAAAAAGGCUCAUAACAGAUGAUAUUUGAUGAAAUGAAAACUAUGUCCGUACAAAAUGUUUUUGUCAGCGUCAUAGAUAUUUGAUUGCAAUUUUAUAUUCAUGAAAAUUUGAACUGCAACACAAAAAAAUGGACUCACUCAAAUCUGCGACUGUACAACAGUCUUGCAGUUCAAUCUUGUUUCAAAAUGACUUCUACCGACACAGAUGAACUGUUAGGUUAAUUUAUAAAUUCUAUAAAUUUGUUGGUUUCAAAAAAAGCAACAGGAACACAAAAAAAUGAAAAAGAAACUGUUGACUUACAGUAUUGCUGUAUAAUAGAGAUUAAAUAUUGAAAAGUUUGGAAUAAAGGUAUCAGAAAAUACAAAACAUGCAAAGUCAGAACGUCCUCCUAAAUUCGAUAAGAAGACAUAAUCUCGAUUUAUAAAGCCCGUAGUAAGAAUCACAUUGCAGAUGCUCAAGGAAGGCAUCUCAACGUAAGACUUACUAAUUCGUGUGAGUAAUUAUACGAGUAACGUAUGUAAACAGAUCUUUUAAACACAGACAUUAUAUUACAAUCCAGCCAUAUAGAUAGGUACUUAUUAGGUAAAUGUAAAGGUAAUCUCUAGAACCGGCAAAAUUGUUAAAACUGGGCGCAUGAUCAUGAUACAGAGACAAU